CCACCCGUGCCCAGUUCGCUUCCUGGAGCCUCGGCCGGGGGACGCAGCGUGGGGCCUUGACGUUUGUGGAGCCACCUCCGCGCCUCCGGGUGCAGGUAGUGGCCCAACACUGGCGGCUCCUGCCUGUCCCAGAUGGUGAUUGUGGCAGGAGGUGCCGCCGCCAGACUCCAGGAAGUCCCGCAGGACAAGCGUCAGCUCUAGGUGUCGGGGGCGUGGGCCUGGGAAUGAGUAUGUAGACCGCUUCGCUGAGCCAUGGUCCUGACUGAGGUGCUAACUGCAUCUUGGCGUCUACCCAUAGCCACGUCUACUUUGGGUCGCUCAAGGCUUGUGCAGAGGCCUGUAUUAGUCUGUUUUCUGUUGCUUGUAACAGAAGAUCUGAGACUGGGUAAUUUAUAAAGAAAUUAAACUUAUUUCUUACAGUUUUGGAAGCUGGAAAAUACAAGGUCCAGGGGACACAUCUGGUGAGGGCCUUCUUGGUGGGGAGUCUCUACAGAGUUCAGGGAAUCACAUGGGAAGGAGGGGAACAGCCUUUUUAGUGCUCACUUGCUCUCCUUAUAAAGCCAUCAGUCUAUUCCCUGAUAACCCCUUAAACCAUUAACCCAUUAUUAGUCCUUGAAUGGAUUAAUCCACAAGGGCAUAGUCCUCAGGAUCCAAUCACCUUUUAAAGGCCCCCCCUUUCAAAUACCAUAUUGGAGACUGGGUUCCUACAUGAGCUUUGGAGGGAACAAAGAUUCAACCCAUAGCAAGGCCACUUUGGAAGUUUCCAGGCAUCUUGGCUGCAGACCAAGUCUAACGUGGGGUGUGUGUGUGUGUGUGUGUGAUGACUGUACGACCAGACAGCUGAGCUCAUAAAGUUUUGUGGGCUGAUAGGUUGGACUAGGUGCUUUCACCCUGUGGAUUUGGUCAGAGUGGUUGUGUUUGUAUUUGAGUGUGCUUGUGUGUGGGCUGGGAAGUGAUAAGUAAUCCUGCCUCUCCUCCUCUGAGUUCAGAACAAGUUGAGGAAAUAAGCAAAGGUGCCAGACAGGCUCUUGCUGGGUGGCCACAAGCAGGCUUGGGGACAGAGCAGCCCAUGUACAGGAGCCCUGGCAAGCCCGGCCCUUCCUGAAAGGUCCUCUCUCUCUCCAUUCCACCCUGGCCCGUUGAUCCCGAUGCAACAAAUAUCUGAAUGUGGCUCUUCUGCCCAAGGUCAGCCCUGGGUAGUGGGUGGGGGGUAACACUGCGGUCUGCUGGGUGCCUGAGGGUGUCCGCCUAAGUGGCCAAAAUUAGAAGUGAUAAUAGUCCUGUACCUCAUGUGGGCUUUCCCACUAGCAGGCGUCUUGAUCCUGGGCAAGUCGGGUUUCCUGGCCUCUCCGUCUCAGAGCUUCACCCCCCUCCCCAGGAGGUCCGACCUCUCUGGGUAUCCAGGAUGUCCACGUGCGUCUUAGCCAGAAUUACCACAUAGGAGUCUGUGACUCACCAGUUUUUACCCGUUGACUGUGCCCACGAAAUGUCAAUUCAGUAGUGUCAUUGGGCACAGCCGGAGGUGCAUGUUGAGAGGGAGCGGCUCUGAGGCUUACUGGAGAGGUUACCUCCGCCAUCCAAUUCCAACUCAACUGCCAGUCUGAUGAAUAAGUCGCUGUCUUGGGACAUCCAAUCACGAGGAAGCUCCGUCAUCAGGCAGCCAAUCCACACGUAGGACUACAGCGUCCAGAAGUCAUUGCGGUUGACGUCAGUUUUACAACUAUGCGCUGGCCUGAGGUUGAGUUUAGGGGGUUACUCUUGAGCAUGCGCAGAGAACCUGCGGGCGCGUGGUGGUGGCUCUGGCUGCAUCUCGCGCUUUGUAUACCUUACCUUUAAGUUUUCUCGCUGGUUUCGGGAAUGCUCCUGGCACCCUCAAGGAAGGGAGACAUUCCGGCUCCGGAAGCACGGGUCUGAAGGGAGACAGCACUUGGGCCCGGGAACCUGCAGUCCGAAGCAGGAGACCGCUCUAUCCCGGAGGAACUUUCUUUGAGGGAUAGGCCAGGACCCCCUUCCCGAGGUGGGAAGCAAGGUUCUUUCCAACAGAGAGCUCCUGAAGGUAAGACAACGCCUCGCGCAGGAGCUCCUGUCUGAAGGGACUUGCAGGCCGAGAGCUGGACUUCCCACGAGGACGGAAAUGACUCCCACCAUUGAUCCAGUACUUCCCCUCCUGCCUUGGGAAUCUAACGCUGUUUUUUUUCUUUCCUAACCGCCCCCCGCAGAAGAUGAGCCAAGACCGGCCUUUGCUGGCUGUGCAGGAGGCCCUGAGGAAGUGCUUCCCCGUGGUGGAGGAGCAGCAGGGCCUGUGGCAGAGCACUCUGCGGGCCUGCCAGCCCCUCCUGGCCUCCCUCAGUAACCUGGCAGAGCAGCUGCAGGCCGCACAGAAUCUGCGGUUUGAGGACGUGCCGUCACUGCGGGCCUUCCCCGACUUGCAGGAGCGGCUGAGGCGCAAGCAGCUGGCAGCUGGUGACACUGUCCUGGACAAGCUAGGGGAGAGGCUAGCCACCCUCCUCAAGGUACGUGACACAGUCAGCAGCCAUGUGGAGCAAGUGUUUCAGAUCUAUGAGCAACAUGCAGCCAUGGUUGGCAUUGAUGCUGUCUUGCAGCCUUCAGUUCUGAGCCCUUCUGUGGCUGACAUGUUGGAAUGGUUGCAAGAUAUUGAGAGACAUUAUCGAAAUUCGUACCUGAAGAGAAAGUAUCUCCUCUCCUCAGUCCAUUGGGGAGACUUGGCAAACAUCCAAGCUUUGCCCAAGGCCUGGAACCAUAUAUCAGAAGAUGAACACCAAGACAUUGUACAAGAUAUCCUAUUGAAUGUUUCCUUCUUCCUGGAAGAGUAAGAAAGCUGUGUGUUUAUCUGGAGACCAGGGUCACCACAGUUGAAGACUGACAUUGCUGCACUCUGACAUUCUAAAGAAAUGUCAGUAUUGCAGCCUGAUAUAUUUGAAAUAUCAAUGCCUAAGAAUGGAGUCUUGGGGAGCAUUGGUGCUAGAUGUCUCUGAUGUUGGAGCUUCUCCAUGCCAUGUCAUGGCCGAGAAUACAUGGGCCACCCCUUGCCCUUCUCUGAGGCUCAGGGAAGAGGAUGGAGGCAGACAGAAAGCAGGAAAGGCAGUACUGAAGAACACAAUGUCUUUGUGUCCAUCAUAGGACCUAAAGUGGUUGGUAAGGAAAGGACAGGAGAUAAAGAGUGGCAUUGCCCUUGGCAUUAUCCAAAGCACUGAGUCUGGUUGACAUUUAUGUAUUUCUCAAUACCUGACUCCUUGACGAAAGAGAAAGUAGUUUUGAUUAUUUAAAGAAAUAAGGGUGAUGUUAAUGGAAAACAUUUAAAAUUUUUGGACCAAUUGCAAUAGCUCAUCAACAAGCCAGUUUCAGUUUCAGAGCCUGCCACCAGGGGGAGGUGGUGCUGCAUGAGUCAUUCUGAAUUCUUUGUCUUUGAAGAGUGUUUCCUAUUGCUGUUACCAUCUGAGAGAAAGUAACUGGGGAUAGUGAGACUCCCAAAAUCACAGGGUUUUUUUUGGCCAAAGCUGGCAUCUGUCUGACUUGCCACGUUCCUCUGAGUUUGGAGUAACUGCACAGAUGGGAGAACACCAGCCCAGAGUCAGGCAAUUAGGGUUACAUUUCUGAGGUCUGGUGCCUUCAUCUGUGCAAUGGUUGUGUUUCUUGCAGAACUUUUGGCUUCCUGGGUUGUAGAAAUCUUGGUAAUUGGAUCUAAAGGGGCUUAAUAAAGAGAAUAGAUGUUUUUCAAGAUGAAA